CCGGAGCUUCUGUCUGCGCGCCAUGGCCGGGCUGCUGGCGCUGCUGGGCCCGGCGGGCAGGGUGAGCGCCCGGGUCGGGCCUCGCGUGAGCUGGCUGCUGGGCGCCGCGGCCCCGUGCGCCCGGUGCGCCUCGCCGCCCCUGGCCCUGGCCUCGCUCCGGCCGGGGCCGGACGCCCGGCUGUUGCGAACGACCCGCGGGAACUGCCAGCGCCAGGAUCCCAGCAGAGUGACGGAGACAACAGGUGGCAGAGUGAGCACGGGGGAAGGCAAGCAGACCAAGGCUCAGCAGCUCAAGAAGAUCUUCCGGGAAUACGGGGCCGUGGCCGUGUCCCUGCACGUUGGCAUCUCGCUCAUCUCCCUGGGCUUGUUUUACAUGGUGGUUUCAAGUGGCGUGGACAUGUCUACAGUCCUGACGAAGCUCGGGUUUUCGGAGGCGCUGGUCCAGUCCAAGUUGGCAGCAGGCACCAGCACCUUUGUGGUGGCCUACGCGAUCCACAAGCUCUUCGCGCCAGUGCGGAUCAGCAUCACCUUGGUCUCUGUGCCCUUCAUUGUCAGACAUUUCAGGAAAGUGGGAUUCUUUAAGCCUCCAGCUGUGAAACCUUAAUGAUCUCUUUAGUUGUGGGCAGAUUUGAUAGGUUUUAGCACUUAGGAAUUUGGGUAGGGGGUGGCCACGGAUGGGCAGAGAGCUGUCUCAGAGGUUCUUCUGCUAGAAAGUCAGGUUUUGAAUUACACUUUUCGGCUUUAUAAACUUUGUUAAUGCUGCUUAGCACAGGGCUCGUGUAUCUAAUGUAAAAUGUCAGCAAGGCAUCACCAGUGAGUCAACAUUGCAGCCCGAAAGCCUGCGAGUGUUCCUUCUGGAACAUCUUUGGGGAGGGUCUUCUGCAAAAGCCCUGGGAGCGAUCUCUGCUGAAAUUCUUAAAAGGAAAUGAUUGAGUUAGUUAACUCCCCUUCCUCUGAUACUUGCUGUCGUUGCCUGCAGUGUAAUAUGCAACAUUGUGCAGAAAGCCGCAAGUACUUCGGUGAAUGGAAUGAACUCCAACAGUAUGUAACCGCGACCCAGUCCGCACAGCACUGACAGUCACUACACUUGAAGAAAAGCAAGUGUUCUGGUGUCCAACUCCAAACACCUUCAACUCUGGGCUCGAAGGACCUGCUUUCCAGAAAUCUCAGUAACAUCAAUCGCAGUUUUGCCUGCAAAACCAUGGGGCCGUGCCAAGGGUCAUGAGCCGCGCGGCUCCUCAGGCCCUUCCUCCCAGAGGAAUUUGUAUAGCCAUCAUGCAGAAAGCCGAGGCAUGAGGCAAUCUUAACACUUCUUAGACAAUCUUUUCUUGUCUCAAACUUCAGACAUUCCAGAACUGUCACAAUGUUUACAUCAUGUCACUAUUUUUUUAGAUAAAACUGUGUAUGCAGGAAGAUUUUGUCCCACUUCCUAAGAAGCAAAGUUUACCAAUUGUGAACACUGGGAGGCAACUAUGAAGUGAUUCAAGCUGGGAAAGGAGGGAGACCAGGCAGGUGUAAUUUCAGGCCACAAAGCCAGUUUUACCCAGAUAGGGUGUGUGUUAGCUGAAACAAAUUCAAGCUUAGAAAUCCAGAGCAAGCUGCCCUGUGGGAAGGAGUCAGGAGCCAGCAGUUGGAAAAUGAAUUCCCUUGCUGGGUGCAUCAUUAAACACUUUCUUCCCAACCCUGCUGGGAUGCAAGGCUCUUGCUCCAGGCUCCCAUCCCCAAAGCCUGCUGCUGUGGAGCCAGGCUGCUUUCCCUUUAAGUCACACAGGUCACGAUCAGAAAACCUGCCUGUCCUGGUUUUACUCAGAUCUGGCUGCUGACAGUUUCCUAGUUGGCCCAGUUGUCCAUGUCACUAACUCUUUGUGGGACAAGUUUAUUUCUAAAAUGUUUAAAGUGCAACUUUUUUCUGAACCAAUUAGCCCAUUGCUAAAAGGCUUGAUGACGUAACCCUGGAAUGCCUCUCGGGGCUCUGGUCCCUUGGACCUCACAGCCAAGCAAGCGACAUGCACGUUCUUGGCGCUGGGCAGUUGCCGAGCAAGCUUUCUCAUCUCGUGUCUUCAGUGACUUGCUGGCUUGAGGCUCCUAACCACUUUUUGUGCCAGUUCCCCUUUUGGGCCCUGGAGAAUGCCUAUGCAAGAAUGUACCAAAACAGCAGCAAGGUCUACAGAUUUAAGGGCUCAAGUCUCAAACUUGGAAGUCAUGGGAGUGGACUCAAAGGCAAGCAAUAACAAAUACCAUACAGCCAUAUGGCCGUCUCCCAGGCCCAGCCCACCCCACUCCUGUGGCCACUAACUACACUGGAGAAACGGGGCGAGGGUCAGGUAACCAUUGUGCAGGUUCACCAGCAGGAUGUAUAGAUUGCUUGUAUUUACACUGUUUUUAUGGAACUAGGAAAUAAAACAGCUAUUUUUAAAAUAUAAA